UCAGCUGUGGAGAUGUCCAUCAGCAGAUUACCAGGAAGGGCAACACCCAUUCGCUAGCUGAAAAGGGGAAAAACUAAAGUAAAACCUGUGAGGUUUUCAGUGUGAGGCUACCAUGGCAGCUGUGGGUGUGGUCAGGGAGCUCUGUGAGGAAGCCACUUGUUCCAUCUGCUUGGAGUAUUUCAAGGACCCAGUGACCAUUGUGGAGUGUGGGCACAAUUUCUGCCGAGCUUGCCUGACCCAGUGCUGGGGGGAGCCGGACAAAGAGAUUUCUUGCCCUCUGUGCAGAAAAACUGUUCAGCAAAGGAAGUUCAUCCCAAAUCGGCAACUGAAAAGUGUUGUAGAGAUAGCCAAGAAACUCAGUCUCCAGGGAGGAAACAAGACCGAAGGAGGGGAGAAAGUCUGUGAGAAACACCGGGAGCCCCUGAAACUCUUCUGCAAAGAACACGAAGGUCCCAUUUGUCUGGUGUGUGAUAGAUCCAAGGAGCAUGAAAACCACACGGUGAUUCCUCUGGAGGAUGCUCACAAAAAGUACAAGGAUCAGAUCUGCAGCCUCCUAAAGACUUUGAGGAAGAAAGAGGAAAAAAUGCUGACGUAUAAAGCAGACGUAGAAAAGGAAAGCCAGGAUCUGCUUGAGCAAACCAAAGCAGACAAGCAGAAGACAAGGGCUGAGUUCAGACAACUGCACCAGUUUCUGGAAGAGCAAGAGAAACAUUUGCUGGUCCAGAUGGAAGAGCUGGAGAAGGAGAUUGCAAUCAAAAGGGAGGAGCACCUGGCCACACUCUCCAAGGAGCUCUCCUCCUUGGCAAGUUUCAUUCAAGAGAUGGAGGAGAAAUGUCAGCAGCCAGCGAGUGAACUACUGCAGGAUGUUAGAAGAACCUUGGAGAGGUGUGAAAAGGAGAAGACAUAUAAGACGACUCCAGUGGCUUUUCCUCCUGCCCUGAAGUGGAGGAUCUGGGACUUCUCUGACAUAAGCGCCUUUCUGGAGGCUGUGAUGAAGCAGUUCAAAGACACUCUGGUAUCUGGACUUCCCCUGCAGAAAGCAAAUGUCAUUUUGGAUCCAGACACAGCACAUCCCGAUCUCAUCGUGUCUGAGGAUCGGAAAAGCCUGACACUUGGAGACAAAUAUCAAGAUCUGCCCCAGAAUACUGAGAGAUUCAACUUCUGGCCUUGCGUGCUAGGAUGUGAGGGAUUCACAGCAGGCAGACAUUCCUGGGAAGUCGCUGUGGGAGGUGAGGGAGAGUGGGCUGUGGGGGUUGCCAGCAAGUCUGUGAAGAGAAAAGGAUGUUUCAGAUUAGGUCCUGAGGAAGGGAUCUGGGCUGUAGGGGAAUUGGAAGGUCAAUACAGUGCUGUCAUCCCCCCUGUAUACCCUCGUCUGUCCCUGUGUGGGGCGUUGAAGAGGAUCCGAGUGUCUCUGAAUUGUGCUGGGCCACGACUGACAUUUUCCGAUGCUGAUACAGCAGUCCCACUCUACACUUUCUCAGGAGCCCCCUUCACCAGGGGGACCGUCUGCCCCUUCUUUUAUGUAAGUGGAGAGAGUUUCCUCACACUCUUCCUCUGAGGCAGCCACAUGAUCUUUCUCCCAGACCCAGCUAGUUCGUUCCCCAGACAAGGGCAAUUAAGAAGAUAUAAAGCUUUUUAGACCAGGAGUCCCUUUUCUGGCUUCCUCUCACUUCAACCAAAGCCAAAAAAAUAAGUCUGCAAUGGCAUUUCUAGGCAAGCAACCAGUGUUCCCUCUAACAGAGAUUCCCAGAUGUUGACUACAACUCCCAGAAUCCCCAAGCAAAACAACAACAUCUGGGAAUCCCUGUUAGAGGAAACACUGCAGGCAGCCUUCGCUGCUGGAUAAUGUUCAUUUCGCUUCCUCGGCGCCCCUCACCAGUCCGAAAUUUUUGCAGUGGUGUUAUUUUUAUUAGUGAUGCAUCACGGACCGGUACCCAACACCUUGUGGACCGGCACCGCCCAUUCCUGAAAUAAUGUUGCUGCUCAUGUAAAAUAAUUGCUUUAAUUAUUAUUUUUCCACACGGGUUUUUGUACAAGGGUACAACCCACAAUGGUGCAAGGGUGCAAUUCGUUUCUCAUCUGCUUUCAGCUUUUGAUUUCGAUUGCAUUUCCUCAUGUUUUUUAGAAGACUUUUUUUUGGUAUGCAUUCACGUUGAGGAUUUGCUGGCUCAUUCAGCAGAUCGAGGAUCUGUUGAUAUGUAAUUCUUUUAUUUUUUUCUUUCCUUAAAAAAAAUAAUAUUUCCA